AUGUCCAUUAACAAUACACAUCAAACUUCAUCUACAAAGAAAGAUUUGCCUGAAGAUGUCCUAAUGGAGAUCUUGGUGAAGACCGAGCCAAAGACUGUUGCGAGGUGCAGAUGUUUGAGCAAACGAUGGUACCGCCAAUUAUCUUCCUAUCAAUUUGUGAAGAGAAAUUUUUUUGCAACCAAAGGUAGGCAUUUCAGCAUUCUCUUAACAUUUGGUUUUCCUCCGUGGGAAAUCGGGCGUGAUUGGCUUACAAGCAUUCAUGGAGAAUCUCAAGCCACUGCACCUAUUAGGUUACCAUUCAAUACAUCCGAAUUUGGAUGGUGGAGUGUCAUUGGGUGUGACAAUGGGUUGGUGUGUUUGAGGUACAGCCUUCAUGGACUCCCAUCCGAGAUCAUGUUGUGGAAUCCUCUAACAAGGCGAACACGAAUUUUAAAAGAUCCUGGAUCAGUUCGUUCUUUGCAUGCUGUUUGUAUAUAUAAUUUUGGAUAUACAAGUGGCAUUGAUCAGUACUAUGUAGUUCACGCUUAUAAGAGGAGUUUUCGAGACAGGAGGCUGGAAUUCACAUUUUACGAUUCUCGAAUGAACGACUGGAUUGAGCAUGUCAUCGAAGACAAAGUAAUUCAGAAGUUAGGGCCGAAUAGCGUAUGGCUGAAUGGUGUUGUGUUCUGGAUUAAUUGGGUUGGUGAGGACUAUAUCCAUCCACUUUGUGUUGUGUGUUAUGAAUUAAAAUCAGGCCAGCUUAAUCGAUACACAAUCCCGAAGAUAGCCAAGAAGAAGUUCCAAUAUCUUUCGGCUUUUAAUGAUAAGGUCUGCUAUAUUUCAUAUGAUAGUACAUGUCAAGAUGAUAAGAUCGGGAUAUGGAAAUUAGACACCAAUGCAUCCAGGAAAAAGAUGUGGCAAAACAUACUCAGCAUUAAUCCAAUCAGCAUCGGAUUUAACCCUAAUAUUUUUAUUGGAGAUCAGAUCAUUAUGCUAAUGGAGCACAGAAGCAACCUUAUGAGGAUCAAUGAUCGUCAUAAUACUGAGAUUUGUUUGAAGAGUCUGAACAUUAAAAAAAAUCAGAGCAAAGAGUUAUUCUACAGAACUUGGAUGGAAGAGAUCGAGAUCAAGUCCUUAAGCUUAUUAUUGCAAGGGAUGUUAAAUCCUUAA